UCUAUAGAGACGUAUUGUUAUGCAAAGUAGUUCGUCUAAAAUAUCCCCCUGGCAACGCAGCUCUGGGCAGAGAAUUACCGGGACCGCGCGACGGACAAACAGAAGCGGGCAAGCGGGCAGUUUUUUGAGUCACUUCUACCCGUCCAAACGUCAAGAGUCACCCUUGCCAAAUACACCACAGCGGGACGCGAGAGACGCAUUUGCUGAGGUAAAUUACCUUAGACGUCUCAAAACCUAACGGCCCUCGAUGCGCUUAACCGGAGAUACCGCCGUUCACACGCCUCCUUUCUCACACUAAAUAACUCCACAUUCUGCCAUUACCUGGUGCUGCUACUGAGAGAGAGAGAGACACACACACACACGGAGACUUACACCUUGUGGAUCAUUGAACUUUCUCGCUAGGUCUUUGGAUAUAUACCUUAGUCAGUGACUGCAUUUACACACCAAGUGUGUCGUUUACUUGUCCUUUUUGGGAUAUACGCUUGUCUUAUUUCUAGUCUCACAUGCCUAAACUGGUUUUAGUCCAGUAAAGCCGCUAAUAUAUCCAAGUUAUCCAAGUACUAGAGACGGUAAAGGCGAAAAGAGGCGGUUUAAAGCAUCAUGAGCCAGGCGGAUAUAUCGACGUGCUCGGCGCCCCAGAGAGUCUUCCAGGAGGCGGUGAAGAAAGGCAACACGAAGGAGCUCCAUUCACUACUGCAGAACAUGACCAACUGCGAGUUUAACGUCAACUCCUUCGGCCCCGAGGGACAGACGGCGCUGCACCAGUCGGUCAUCGACGGGAAUUUGGAGCUCGUGAAACUGCUGGUGAAAUUCGGAGCCGAUAUUCGGCUGGCGAACCGAGAGGGAUGGAGCGCGUUGCACAUCGCCGCUUUUGGGGGACACCAAGACAUCGUGUUAUACCUCAUCACCAAGGCCAAGUACUCCUCCGGCGCGCGGUGAUCCGGUAGAAAUACGCGGAAAGACCGGGCUCGUUUAAUUCUAGCAUUGAUCUGCCAAGCUUGACUGACGGCGGCAAAGUUCCCUUGUACCUUAAAACCAAAUGAGGGCUGUAGCCUUUUUCUUUCCCGUGAGUAUAUGGUCAGAUCUGGCGACGAGAAACUGUUUGGGAUGUGCGUUGGUACUAUAGCUUUUUAUUGAAUGUUUAAGUCAUCAGAUCUGGACUGUGUGGCUUUACCAGGGCUUGACCUGUUGACCUGCCCACCUGGAGAAAUCGAGAUGGCACUUGAUGCUGUGGCUGAAUGCUGGAAUAGUUGAAAGAGGUGAACUCCAGAAUGAAGGCCAUCCUCUGUUUUGGCUAAACACUGUCUUUUAAUACAAACCGUAAGUCGUUUCAUCAAUCAAAUCGUGUGGCAUUGGUGACCAGUGCUGAAACAUGUCCUCGAAAUAACAAUUGACUUAUUCUUAAGUACUGUACACAUAGCUUUACUGUGUUUCUCUGUACAAGUAGUCUAUUGUGCUCUGCCUUCACCUAGCAGACGGCUUCCACACAGCUUUCAGGCCAGUGCGACCCAUGUCUAUGGUUAACGUGUUACUAAAAACCGCUGCUUUCGCUUUUUUUUUUCUUUUUUGUAUCAAAACGUCAGGAAAGUCGCCUUUGGGACACACUUUAUAAUCUUCUUUCAGUAUUUUGAAUUAACACCCUGGUCAUCACUGUGAAUACAGGCUGGGUUUGUCUUUUUAUUUAUGAAGGUACAUUGAGAUGAUGCAUUUAAAUUAUGUUGUGGUUAUUUUUAAGACUAUAGCCUAAGUGUAAAAGUAUGUAGGGUGACCUAAAGCUGCUUCGGACUCGUUACAGGCUAAACUGUCCCGUGUGGAGAUUGCGCUCCACGGCCCCCCACGUGUACAACUUUUUUUUUUUUUUUUUUCCCGGGAAAUGUGUCCCCCUUCUACUUUUAUUCUGGUUCUCUGCAUCAGCUACCUCGACUUGAAAGUAUUCGACAAUAUCAUAUGCUCUCUUUCUCAAGCCUUCUCCUUAACUCUUCUCAGUUACCCACUAGUGCUCAACAGAAUCAGUAGGCCCUGUUUGGGUAAUUUUACUUGAUGUUUUCUUAUUGUCAUUCUCGUUUUUUAUAAUCUUCACUCGGGACAAUUUAUCUCCGCGAACCAAAAUUAAGAUCCAUUGGUUAUUCAAAACAUUUUUUCGUUCGUCAAGCAUGGUUGAGACAUUGUAUAUGUAGGUUAAGCUUACUGCUUAAUUUUGCAUUGUCAUUUUUUGUUUGCAUUUUAGUUACAAAAAGUGAAAUGCGUUGCAUGACUAUUAAAUGCAGGGAGUUUUGUUGCACAUAAAUGUGGAGCCUUUUACGCCCCCUAGUGCCUGGUCGGGUAACUGCAGGAGCUGAGGCUUACCAAUAGUUACUACUGAGCAGGACUAUAUGAACAUUGAGAAGACUAUGACUUCUGUUGCAGGAAACAUCGACAGAUUCAUUCAAAAGACUGCCUGCCGCCUUUAAGAGUCAUGGCACCUGAUGUUUGUUUCAAUGCUGCUUUUAUGUAAGUUUUUUUUUCUUGAUACAAUGGCUAACGGUGAGUGAAUGAGGACAAAUAUCAGUUAGAAUCAGUUUUUUUUCCUUUUUUUUGCAAGAAGCCCCAUGCAGUUGUGUGAGCAUGUGUGAUUAUACUCAUGUCUUGCAUGCAUGCCACAGUUCAGUGGUGUUGCUGAUAUUUCCAGCCCCUGUCGCUCAACCUGGUUAACCAACCAGGAACUCCUCAUACACCUGGUGAUACAACAGAUGUGAUUCUCAUGAUCAUCUAUUCGAUUGGUAUAGGCAGAACAAAUAUGCAUUGCUUGUCUUAAACUUGAUAUUUUUACUCUUGUUGAAAAUAUUGCACUGAUGACUGUUGUUAAUUCGUUGACUUCAGGUCAACAUUUUAUUUUUUCUAAAUAGAAAAAAGGAACACAACAAAAUACUAUUGUAUAAAAAAAAAAGCUCCAGGUUAUAUUGUCUCUUUUUGUGUGUUACAUUGUAUAACAUUACGUUUGCAAAGAUGUUUGUAUCUCUGUGAUCGGGUGUAUGUGUAUACAUAUAUGGUAUAUAUAUGGAUAUAUAGACGCUGAUAUCUCAGAGCACUUUCUUAUUUGAAGUGCUCUCCUCCUGAUGUUAAUAAAGGGGAAUAAUACUUGUGAUGGUAAGAUCAUUGUAACAAAAAUAAAUUGCACGAUGUAUAGUUGUUUUACCCCACCAUUUGUCAUAACAUUUAUGACAUGGGGUUUAAAUGACUGGAUAGGUGUAUAUGAAUGAGUAAAAGUGCUGUUGUAUUUUUCUUUUCUUUUAUGUGGACCAAGUUAUUUUUCAUCUUGUGUCUCCAGCGAACAAAAGUUUUAUGAGUGAUGCGAAUGUUCUUUUGUGUUGACUUUAUCUUUUCCUUUUUCUUUUGUUUGUGUGUCUGUUUUGUUUGUAUUUUUUUUUUUUUUUUGAACAUUUGUAACACUGUGAUUCAUGUGUGGUGAGAAUAUGAGUGCUGUAUUUUUUUUUUUGUAUGUGUGUGUGUGUGUGUUCAAGCCAGUAAAGAAAUAAUUAAACCUUC